AUGGGCCGCAACCCACACGUUUUGAACUCGAUGCACAAGACUUUGGAUACUUACGGAGCUGGUGCAGGCGGUACCCGCAAUAUUUCGGGUCACAACCAGCACGCCGUCGCUUUGGAAGAUACACUCGCCAAGUUGCAUGGAAAGGAGGCUUCAUUGGUCUUCAGUUCCUGCUUUGUGGCUAACGAUGCUACCCUGGCCACACUGGGCAGUAAGAUGCCCGACUGUGUUAUCCUCUCGGAUAGCCUCAACCACGCCUCGAUGAUUCAGGGUAUUCGCCACUCUGGCGCAAAGAAGAUGGUCUUCAAGCACAAUGAUAUGGAAGACCUCGAAGCCAAAUUGGCCUCAUUACCACUUGGAACCCCCAAGAUUAUCGCCUUUGAAUCUGUUUACAGUAUGUGCGGAUCCAUUGCGCCCAUUGAAAAGAUUUGUGAUCUCGCCGACAAGUAUGGUGCCAUCACCUUCCUGGAUGAAGUCCAUGCCGUUGGAAUGUAUGGCCCACACGGAGCUGGAGUUGCUGAGCAUCUCGAUUAUGAUAUCUACGCCUCCCAAGAUACAGCUUCCCCCCAAAGCACUAAGGGCACAGUCCAGGACCGGAUCGAUAUUAUCACCGGAACCUUGGGUAAGGCCUACGGCUGUGUUGGUGGAUACAUUGCGGGUUCAGCAGCCAUGGUUGACACCAUCCGCUCCCUCGCUCCCGGUUUCAUCUUCACAACCUCACUCCCACCAGCGACCAUGGCUGGCGCCGAUACUGCUAUCCAGUACCAGGCCCAGGAACCCCGUGAUCGUGUCCUGCAGCAACUGCACACCCGCGCAGUGAAGACCGCUCUUAAGGAUUUGGAUAUCCCCGUCAUCCCUAACCCCUCUCACAUCGUCCCUCUUCUUGUCGGCGAUGCCGAGCUGGCCAAGAAGGCCUCCGACAAGCUCCUCGAAGAGCACGACAUCUACGUGCAGGCCAUUAACUACCCCACCGUUCCCCGCGGCGAGGAGCGUCUGCGCAUCACCCCUACCCCCGGCCACGUGAAGCACCUGCGCGAUCACCUCGUGCAGGCCGUCCAGGCCGUUUGGAACGACCUCGGCCUCAAGCGCACCAGCGAUUGGCAGAGCCAGGGCGGUUUCGUCGGUGUUGGCGUUGAAGGCGCCGAGGCCGCCAACCUGCCCAUCUGGGAAGACGCCCAGCUGGGUCUGCAAGCUGGCGAGACCCUCGAGGGUGCUGUUGCCCGCGAGUUCCACGCCGCCGCUGCCGAGACUACCACGCCGCUUUUGAAGGCCGCUACCCCUCUGACCGAGAAGGCUCACUCUGGAAUGGACUCCACUCCUAUCAGUGCGGUCGCCUAA